ACUAGUCGAGUUAGGAAUUGAAUCUGUCCAAGAUGUACCUCCUUGGUCCUGUUGGGUUUUGUGUCAUUUUGAUCGUUGACUCAAUGAUAGGGCGUCUGGGAAGCACUACAGGACAAACUUCUAGGUUGCAAGCUGUAUCGAUGCUUACUCGACAUGGUGAUCGGGCACCAGUUCAAAGCUAUCCUUUGGAUCCUUACAAGGACUUUCCUUGGCCAGGCGGAUAUGGAGCUUUAUCACCGAGAGGCGCUCGUCAGAUGUAUGAAUCGGGACUGAUAAAAGCUCGACGGUAUUCAUCUUUGUUAACACAAGUAUGCCAGCUUAGGAAUCUUAAUUCGAACUUCAAGACAAUUUACGUUCGCAGUAGUGCCGUAGAAAGAUGUGUUGCAAGUGCCGUAAAUUUCCUGGCAGGCUUCUUUCCUCUUCCGUUUCCACAGAGCUUGAUAAAUAUCAAGCCGUUAGAACAAGAUGAAAUGCUUGGAAUGGCAAACUCGUGCUUCAGCAAAGUGAAUUCAACAGGUAAGCCUAAUUCAACUUUGCAGCCGGGUUUUGACUGGCAAAGCGAAGAAGGGAAGGAGCGAAUGGCCUAUAUUCGGAAAAAUACUGGCAUAAACGCUACCUCAGUUGCAGAUCUAUUCGGUUUAGCAGAUACUUUAUCAGUUCAGCGCGACAACGGGUUUGAACUUCCAGCUUGGGUUGAUCAUAUUUUUGAUGAAUAUUUGCAAUCUGCAAUGUUAAUGGCCAUGGAUGCUUUUGGAACGUCAGCAAUUUUAACAACUCGUAGCGGUACUCUUUUAAAAGAUAUGAUUACUCGACUUGAAAACUUCAUUAAGGGCUUCAGCAGCGAAAACAUUUUGUUUUACUCAGGACACGAUAUAAACAUUUUAGGAAUGUUGUAUUUUCUAGAAAUUAGAAACCAAAUUCCCGGGUUGCCUGCUUAUGGAUCGAUGCUCAGUAUGGAACUGUAUCAGAACUACGUAAUUCCUGACGAUUAUGAAAUAAAGGUUGUCUACUUUGCUCACUAUGGCGAUGUAAACCCGAUCAGCGUGAUAAUACCACGAUGCAGCACGCCGUGUGCUUUCAAAAAAUUUAAGGGAACCGUCGAACCAAAAUUUGUUGUGGAUGCCAAGAAUACAUGCUAA